AUGCACAAAUCUUUCGAACUGUUCAAGUAUUUGAAACUUUCGGGAGCGCUACGUUUACAGAACAUUCAAACAAGAAGGAUGCACGUCAAAGUUAUCAAAAUGAGAUGGUUGACUGGGGGCGUUAAUUAUAGUUACUUGCUAUCGAGCCAGGACAAGACCAAAUCAUGGUUGAUUGAUCCAGCAGAAGCGGUUGAGGUUUUGCCAAAUUUAAAGCCAGAAGAAUCAGUGACUAUUGAGGCGGUCGUUAACACGCACCAUCAUUAUGACCACUCCGGGGGCAAUCAGGCCGUGGUGAGCCGGCUUGUAGAGAGUAGCGGGCACGAUGUUAAAGUUAUCUGUGGAAGCCAUACGUCCCCUGGGGCCACUGAUAUCCCCAAAAACCUCCAGGAAUACACCUUGGGCGACUUGACCAUUCGGUGCAUUCGAACUCCCUGUCAUACACAGGACUCCGUAUGUUACUACGUUUCCGAUCCCCAGACUGGAGAGAAAUGUAUUUUCACAGGCGAUACACUCUUCACGGCGGGCUGCGGACGUUUUUUCGAAGGUACAGGCGAAGAAAUGGAUUAUGCCUUGAAUCGUAGAAUUCUGGACGGCGUUGGAGAACCCAACUGGGAUGGCACUAAAGUGUAUCCGGGCCACGAAUACACUAAGAGCAACGUGAAGUUCGUGCGGACAGCAGUUUACAAGAACUUGGGGGACAACGCAGCGCUGGACCGUUUAGAACAGUUUUGCGGUAAGAACAAAGUCACCACCGGUUCUUUCACCAUACAAGACGAGUUGGAUUACAACCCGUUCAUGCGGCUGGAUGACCCGUCGGUAAGGGAUGCCGUUGACGAUUCCCAAGGCUCGUUGUCAAGGGCAAAAGUCAUGGACCGUUUACGGAAGAUCAAGAAUUCCAUGUAG